UUUGUUCUAGGGGAGGUCACGAUGGCGGCAACUAAGGAGAGGCCGGAAUUCUCGCCGGAGGCGGGAAGGACGGUAGCCGUCAUGUCAGAGUGGAAGGAGGAGAGGAAGGGGGAGGUCCGAAUUGGCUCGAAUGUGGUGGUGGAGGAGAGCAUGACGGACCCUUUGGUGGUGCUGGGACCGGACGUGUUCAGCAUGGUCCUCGACCGUUUGGAUGCACGCAGCGCGGCACGUUCUUUGCUCGUUUCACGCCGGUGGUUCUAUGCAGCCUGCGACGACGCCAUCUGGGUUAAAAAGGUGAAGGAGUUGUGGAUGGAUAAGGCACAUAUCCCUCGUAUGGCAAUGAUGCGUGGGCUCUCUAAGCUGGCUGCUUAUUCCAUCUCCUUUUCAGAUGGGAAACGUAUCUUUGUUGGAAAUUUUAUAACUUUAAAUGUGUUAGGGCGCUCUGUUACCAGAAACAAAAAGGACAAGAGGUUCCUUUGAUUCGUGGCACCAAUGGUGGCAUGAACUUCCUGCAGGACACAUAUUCGUGAGGUGAUGUAUUUACAGAAAGUAAUAUCUUCCAAAUUUGAGAAAUUUUUUUGUUAAAGUGGCUUGGGUGGGGUUUUCACGUCACUUGUGACAAUAAAAUUCUGGAACAGCAAAGUCCCUUGAAACUGGCUUGUCACAUGUAUGAGCUUGUUCUAGAUAUCUACCUCUUUUCAGCUUUUCAGUUUUGAAAGAUGGAAUCUGGUUUCAAGUAAAAUCCUUGGUUUAUGGCGGCAUUUAGAACCAAUUCAGGGGUCGACGCGAGGCUUCCCAUCUUCUGGACUGUUGUCAUUGUUUUCCCGCGGUGUUCUCCCGGUUAUUGUCGUGUUAAGCCAUUUCGAGCAGGUCACCGGUCGUCGAUAGUUGCCUUUUCUUCCCCCUUUUUCCUGCCCGCUUAACAAUUGAUUGGUGGUGUGCCUCUUAACGGUGUCAACCCAGCCAUUUUUCCGUCUUCCUCUCUACUUCCGGGUCUGUUUCUUUGAUAAACUACUGAUAAGAAACGGUAGGGAUGGAAUCUUCAGCUCAGUGAUCGCCGUUCGAAUCUGACCUCACUUGGAAAAGUUGCUCAGGUUCUGUUUUUCUAGUGAAAGUUCUAUUUCCCAAAGAGAAAAAAGAGAGGGUUUUUUUUUUUGGUUGGUUCAUUUUUCUACUGGAAAGCUGGAGUAGUUUUCCUCACCGCUUCUGUCUUCCAAAUUUUCUAUAAGCCUUAGCCAGAACCAAUUUUGAUCCGCGAAGCAUGCCAUCGUCUUGAAAAGAAAAAGGAAAACUGCAUGUUUUCUUGCACAAGGAGGAAGUAUGCCGAUGGUUGGUGGCUUUUAGAUUCUAACUUGUGGACUGUUGGAG